GUUAUGGUAAAUAAUCCAUGGGGAAGGGAUUUCGCUCUAAUUAUGACGUUUCUUUGUAUUUGUAAGGGCUAUGUUGACAUCCACAGUUCAGGAUUCAGAGACUUCCUUUUGAAACCAGAGCUUCUUCGUACCAUUGUUGACUCUGGAUUUGAGCACCCUUCGGAAGUGCAACAUGAAUGCAUUCCCUAAGCUAUAUUGGGUAUGGAUGUCAUUUGCCAAGCUAAAUCAGGGACGGGAAAGACUGCAGUUUUUGUUCUAUCAACACUACAGCAAAUCGAACCUAGUCCAGGACAAGUUAUUGCCCUUGUUUUAUGUCAUACAAGGGAGUUAGCUUACCAGAUUUGUCAUGAGUUUGAGAGGUUCAGUACUUAUCUGCCUGAUAUCAAGGUUGCUGUCUUCUAUGGAGGUGUCAAUAUCAAAGUUCACAAAGAUCUAUUGAGAAAUGAAUACCCCCACAUUGUUGUUGGGACUCCUGGAAGAAUAUUGGCUCUGACAAGAGACAAGGAUCUUUCUUUGAAGAAUGUGAGGCAUUUCAUUCUCGAUGAAUGUGACAAGAUGCUUGAAUCGCUUGGCAUGAGGAGAGAUGUGCAGGAGAUCUUCAAGAUGACCCCUCAUGAUAAGCAAGUUAUGAUGUUUUCUGCAACACUCAGCAAAGAAAUUUGCCCUGUUUGCAAGAAAUUUAUGCAAGAUCCAAUGGAAAUUUAUGUUGAUGAUGAAGCCAAGUUGACCCUUCAUGGUCUUGUACGGCAUUACAUCAAAUUGAGUGAGAUGGAGAAAAAUUGCAAGUUGAAUGACCACCUUGAUGCGUUGGACUUCAACCAAGUUGUUAUAUUUGUCAAAAGUGUGAACCGUGCAGCUGAGUUGAACAAGUUAGUUCUGGAGUGCAACUUUCCAUCUAUAUGCAUUCACUACAGCAUGUCCCAGGAAGAAAGGUUGACUUGUUACAAGGGUUUCAAGGAGGGUCAUAAAAGAAUUCUUGUGGCAACAGAUUUGGUUGGAAGGGGAAUUGACAUCGAACGUGUUAACAUUGUCAUCAACUAUGACAUGCCUGAUUCUGCUGAUACAUACCUGCACAGGGUUGGUAGAGCUGGUAGAUUUGGCACCAAGGGUCUUGCAAUUACAUUUGUUCCAUCUGCUUCAGAUUCUGAUGUGCUCAACCAGGUUGGGAUAUUGAGAACUUCUGAACAUAUUGUCCCCUGAUAAACCAUGUUCACACACAA